AUGUCUGCAAAGGAUCUAUUCAUACAGCCAGCUUUGGAUGAAUCAUUCACAAAAGACAGAUUUAAAGGAAAAGUUGUAAUAGUGACAGGCGGUGCUUCUGGAAUAGGAAAAGAAACAGCAAGACGGUUCUUGAAUGACGGUGCCACUGUUGCUAUAUUUGACAUAAAUGAUGAUGCCAUUCGAAACACAGAACUUGAAUUUAAACAAGCAGGUUUUUCGCCAAUGUUCUACAGUGUUGAUGUUUCUAACAAAGCAGAGUGUCUCUCAGGAGUGGGGAAGGUGGCUGAUGCAAAUGGGGGAGUUGUGCACUUUCUUGUUAAUUGUGCAGCCUACUUUUGCUAUGAAGGUCUUCAAACUGAGCAUGAACAUUGGGCUAAAACAAUGGCAGUGAAUGUGGAAGGUGUGGCCAAUAUGGUGCAAUCAUGCUCUCCUUAUAUGGUCAAAGCCGGUGGGAAAGAGUGUGGAAUUGUCAACAUUGCCAGUGUCAUUGCUUAUCGAGCAAUGACAAACUUUUGGACAUAUCUUUCUUCCAAGGGAGCGAUCAUUUCAUUAACAAAAUGCAUGGCACUUGACCUGUCAGAACAGGGCAUUCGGGUCAACUCGAUCAGUCCAGGUGUAAUUUGGACUCCUGAGGUUGUAAAAUGUUGUGAAUCUAGUGAUAAGAAAAAGGCUCAGGAAUAUUUUGGAAAAGCCCACAUGCUUCGUAGGAUUGGUGAAGGUGCAGAAGUAGCAGCAGCAGUAGCAUUCCUCUGUAGUAAAGAUGCCUCAUUCAUCACAGCAACAGAUUUGUGUGUAGAUGGAGGAUUCACUUCACUGUCACCAGUAGAAGGAACUAAACAUCUCUGA